AUGACCACUGAGAAGAAACCUGCUGUGUACGACCCUUACGAUCCGGCCUGUCUCCCUGACUAUGACCGCGACUUCAUUCAACCCGAUGAACUCGACCGAUUCGAACGGGCGCUGAAUGCCCCAGAAGCCUCCCCAUUGACCGCCAUCAACGACUGGCGCCCAAUUAAUCAGCGAGUCCGCAAAAGUCGUGGCCGUCGCAAAGCACCAAAGCGAAGCAAAGAUGAAACGAGGGAAGGCGUGCUAUAUUCUGUCUUGAAAUGGCCCUUCCUCUUCAUUGUAUUCGCGUGGCUCAUAGUAUUGAGCUUUGGCUAUGUUCUGGUGCGAGUCUACAUAGUAUUGUAUGAGCAGUGGGUGACGUGGCGGGGGAAGAGAGAAAGACUGCGCCAAGAGCUAUCUGCACAGAAAAACUAUCCGGACUGGCUGAAAGCAGCUCAGGCGUUGGACGUCCAUCUCGGAACCGAAAAUUGGAAAAAGAAAGACGAAUACGCUUACUACGACUACCUCACUGUCAACAAAGUGGUGUCGCAGCUGAAGCAGCGGAGGAAGGAUGCGGAAUGGGAAAUGGGAAAUGGUCGAGUCGGUUCCAGCGAGGUACCUGCUAUUGAAGAUCUCCGGGCACUUUUAGAGGCCUGCGUCAAGAACAACUUUGCCGGCGUAGAAAAUCCUCGGAUAUACAGCGAGACCUAUUCGGGGACUAAGGACCUGGUUCAGGAAUACAUCGACGAGGUGCAUGCAUGCAUCCAGAUCGUUUUGGACAAUAGGCAGAUUGACAAGGAUUCCAAGUAUCAUCUUUUCAAACAUCUCGAUACGAACUUCGGACGCACCGCUCUUUGUCUUUCUGGUGGGGCUACAUUCGCUUACUACCACUUCGGGGUUAUACGAGCGCUGCUGGAUAAUGAUGUCCUCCCAGAAAUCAUAACUGGCACGUCAGGCGGAGCACUGGUGGCGGGACUAGUCGCAACUCGGACAGAUGAUGAGCUAAAGCAGCUGCUCGUUCCAGCUUUAGCACAUCGGAUUCGCGCAUGCCACGAAGGGCUGAAAACUUGGAUUCAUCGCUGGUGGCGAACCGGUGCUCGGUUCGAUACUAUGGACUGGGCUCGGCAAUGCGCCUGGUUCUGCAGGGGCUCAACGACCUUUCGCGAAGCUUACGAGCGGACCGGGCGCAUUUUGAAUGUCACCUGCGUGCCCUCGGAUCCUCACUCACCAACUAUCCUAGCCAAUUAUCUGACGUGCCCCGAUUGCGUCAUAUGGAGUGCCGUGCUUGCUUCGGCGGCUGUUCCGGGCAUUUUAAACCCUGUUGUAUUAAUGACUAAAAAGCGCGAUGGCACUCUCGCGCCUUAUUCGUUUGGGCACAAAUGGAAGGAUGGUAGUCUGCGGACUGACAUACCUAUCAAAGCGUUGAACCUGCAUUUCAAUGUGAACUUUACGAUCGUAUCCCAGGUAAGAUUAUUUCGUCUAUUCAGUUUUUUGCCACUAACACUACCCCAGGUCAACCCUCACAUCAACCUCUUCUUCUUUAGUUCUAGAGGGACAGUAGGGCGACCAGUCACACACCGCAGGGGCCGUGGUUGGCGCGGUGGCUUCCUCGGCACUGCAAUCGAGCAGUACAUCAAACUAGACCUCAACAAAUGGCUUCGAGUUCUUCGACAUUUAGAGCUCCUCCCACGACCUAUGGGCCAAGACUGGAGCGAGAUCUGGUUGCAAAAGUUCAGCGGCACUGUGACUAUUUGGCCAAAGAGCAUUCCCUCUGAUUUCAUCCACAUUCUUUCCGAUCCUAGUCCUGAAAGGCUCGCCCGCAUGAUACAUGUCGGCCAGCAAAGUACUUUCUCCAAGAUUCAAUUUAUCCAGAACCGGCUUAAGAUUGAGAACGCAAUCAUGAAAGGUCUCCAAGAAUCCCGAACAGGUGAACGUGCGCUCUCCCCGAUCCUCUCUCGUCGAGUCCGCAAUCGAGAAAAGGAACCUUCAGACUCUAUGGUUGAGCGUUUAGACGAUACCCUCCCCGAACGCGAUGGAUCUAGCUAUAAGAGCGAGUCGCGUUACGGUGAGUUGUCAGAUAGCAUGUCCCAAUCCACCAGCUCAUCACGUCCUCAUACCCCAACUUCCCGGCGGGGAAGCGUGAUGGAGGAAAUGAGACGCCAGUCUGCCGUUUUCUUUGACGAAGCGGACUACGAUCGGGAUGAAGACGCCCUGGUCAUCUGA